AAUGCAAAUUGUAGUUAGAUAUUGUGACGAUUUAAUAUUAUAUGUUCUAUUUCGCAUGGCAAUGCGCAUUUAUUAUAUAGCGUUUUAAUGCGUCAAAAUUUCCAAAAAAAAAAAUUUCUUGUACAAUAUUAUGCUUUGUAUGGAAUUAUAUUUUUUCUAUUUUCCUUGAACAUUAUGCAUGAGGAAGGUCAAUUUUGUAUAAUCAUAGUAGGAUGCAAUAAAGCUUGAUCAAAAACAAAAAUAUGGGAGCAUAGUAAAAUAGAAAACACGUAAUAUUUUAAAAAUUAAUAUAGAGUAAUGCAAAAUAUAUCAAUAGGUCAAGCUUUUUAAUGUUUCCUAUGUCCAUAUACAUCUAAUUAUGAGACUCAUUAUUUCAUAGAGUUAAUACAUGAUAUAUCAAGAUGGCACUUUCACCAGAGAAUAAUUGGGUUGAAGUACUGGAAAACUUACCGUCAUAUAAAGAAUAUGAAAAAUUUGAUAAAGUAGACAUUAAAAAUGAAAACAGUAAUCAUUGCAAUAAUCUAGGAAGUAAAGAUGAAGGGGAUAAAACGUUUUGUAAGCAGAUUGUACAAAAUGUAAGCCAAUUAUCUGCAUUAGAGAAUGAUCAGAAGAUUAAAAAUAGUUGUUAUUACUUUCAACACUGGUUCUUUGACAAUAUAGAGAAAAAAUAUUAUAAUGGAAGUAAGAAAGGUACUAAUUAUGCUGUUGCUGAGAAACUUUUUAAUAUUGUAUCAACACUUGCUUCAGCAUCAUCUAAAAUGGUACCAUGCAAAUGUUAUGAAUCUGGUUCGCCUGAUGUUUGGAAAAAAGAGAAAUAUUUGCACGACUAUUUUGAAAAUCACCAAGAUAUUAAAUGCAACGAUUCUGAUAAGUCUAAGUGUGAAAAAUAUGUGAAUUAUGUUACUUAUAUUAAAACUUUAUAUGAAAAUAAAGAAGAAGAUUGUUGUGAUGGAGAAGACCUGGAUGCAUUUGGACUUUGUGAACAUUAUUUCAAAUGCGAAAAUAAGUACAGUCCUCAAGAUUUAUUAACUCAGUUAAAAAAAGAACUUCAGUCAUUAGACAAAAAAGUGGAGGCACCACGUGACAGAGGUACAGGUGUAGUAGAAGCUGUUAAAGCGCCAGGAGGUGGAGAGGAAGAACGAGAAAAGAAAGCAAAGGAAGAUGAAGUAAGUGCAGAAGCAACGGGAAAGGAAUCAAAGGAAAAGUUAGAAGCUGGAGAAGUACCUAAGGAAAAAGCAGCAGAUYCCCCAGCACAAUCUGCACCGGAAAAAACUAUAUCCGUACAACCAGCAGUACAAGUAUCUGUAGGGUUAAAACCUGAUGGAUCCGAAUCUAGAGAAGAAAAAGCUGAACCUCCAAAACCCGUAGCGGCAAAACCUGCAACGGUAAUGCCAGCACCUACAGAAGAUGCACCUGUGAAACCUGCACUGUCAGAAGCUGCACCUUCAAAACCCGUAGCGGCAAAACCACCAGCAGAGGAACCCAUAGCGCCAGAAUCUGGAGAGGAGAAACCUGCAGCAGCAAAACCCGUAGCGUCAAAACCUGAAACGGCAAACCUUGAAGCAGCAGAAUCUGAAAGGGCAAAACUUGCAGCAGCAAAACCCGUAGAGGUAAAACCUGAAGAAACAGUUUCUGAAGAAGAAUCAGCUGAAAGGGAAGAAGUUGAAGAGGAAGCAAAUGAAGAUGAAACAGCAGAAGGGUUAACAGUUGAAAAAGUAACAACUGAAGAGGUAGUAGCUGAAAUGCCAAGUACUAUGCAACAUGAAGAAGCUUUAGGUUCACAGCCAGUAAAGAGCGUUGAACAGGGUGUCCAUGCGAUAUCAUCUUAUACUACAGAGCCUGCAAGCAACGCACUUCCUCUGACAAUUGCGGAUUCCACUAAUACAUUAAGGACUACACAUGAAGAGUUGGACUCAAACUUUUUUCGUAACGUUAUCAUGGCCAUUGCAGUACUUGGAACAAUUUUCUUCCUUUUCUACUACAACAGG